UGGCGGUAGCACUUAAAGCUUCAUUGAGUUCGUCUGGAAACUUUUCACUUUGUAGAUACAUGUGAAAAUUAGGAUAUUUUCUGUGUUGUUUGAGGUCGUGUUUAGGUGUAAACUUGUACAAUGAGCAGCUGGGCGGGUUUUUCUGACGCGGAGCUGCGGAGGAUGCAGCAGAAAGACCCAGCUGUACCCGCAGCGGCAGCCCGCGGUCGGAAACCGCCUCCAACCAGCCGGAGUCGGCAGCAAUUACAGCGUGAGAGAGCCCUGCAGGUAGCCGCUGAGAGGAACGAGGAAGCCGGGUCCCCUGGUCUUCCACCGGAGCAACAGCUCACCAAACCGCCGCAGAAGGAAGAGCAUCGACCUACAGCCCUGUCAGCAGCUUCCGCUGUCAAACAGGAGGAGCAGGAGAAGCUUCCUGCGGUGAAACUGGACGAAAACCAGCAGACGCCUGCAGAGGAGGCGACCCUGGUGGUCAAAGAGCUGGAGAAGCAAGAGGUGGAACUACGAGAAAGGACACGUCUGGAGCAGCUGCAGCAGGAACAAAAACUAAUUGAAGAGCAGAACAAACGAAACAAAGCUCUGCUGGCAAAAACUAUCGCUGAGAAAUCCAAACAGACUCAAGCAGAGGCCGUGAAGCUGAAGAGAAUCCAGAAGGAGCUCCAGGCCCUCGAUGACAUGGUGUCCAACGAGAUCGGCAUCCUGAGAGGAAAGAUAGAGGAGGCCAGCUGGGAAUACACUGCUGCCAGAAAGCGCUACGAGAAGGCCGAGGCCGAGUAUGUGACGGCCAAGCUGGACCUGCACAAGAAGACGGAGCUGAAGGAGCAGCUGACGGAGCAUCUCUGCACCAUCAUCCAGCAGAACGAGCUGCGCAAAGCCCGCAAGCUGGAGGAACUGAUGCAGCAGCUGCAGCUCCAGGCCACCGAGGAGGAGCUGGAGAGGCGGAAGGAGGAAGAGGAGGCGGAGAGCAGGAGAAACUGUGUGGAGGGGAAGGAGUCAGCAGAAGAUGGAGAGGGAACGGUGCAAUUAACCCACAACUGCAGAGCAACAGAAGAAAAGACUGUGGAGGAGGAGAGGGGAGGAGAUGUCCGACAGGUGGAGACGGACGGAGGCUGGAAAACUGUAGAAAACUGUGUUCAGGGUGAGAGUUUGGCCUCCUGAUGCUCAGAGAGGAGAGCUGGGAACCAUCUUCACAACAGAGCUGCUCAUCGCCUUAAUGCUGCCCACCUGACUGAGCGUGAACGUCCUCUGAAUGACAUUUAAACUGUUCCUCAAUUCUACUCACUGCAGAUGGUUUUAAAGUCACAGGUGAAACUCUGUCAUCAGGUUAUUGAUCGGUUCCUGGUCUGCAUGAUGACCAGCUCACACGUUUCACAAAUCCAGUUUUACAGGAUCUCCCCACUGAGAAGAGCUGAACGUGCAAGAACAGGACAAAGGUCCUGAUCCAGCUCGAAUUUCUUUAUAUUUCCAGGAAAACAGUUGCAGCGAUUUAUUAAAUCUAAAUCCAGUCAGAACCAGUCGGUCCAGUUCUUAGAAUCUCUGCAGCUUUAUUCUCCGUCCCAGUCUGAACCCUGCUGGAGAAGCUUUCUCUCAGUCCUCUUCAGAACAGUUCUCCAGGAUCCUUGAAGGACUUUCCAGGAACAGUUCAACAGGAUCCUUGAAGGACUUUCCAGGAACAGUUCACCGGGAUCCUUGAAGGACUUUCCAAGACCAGUUCACCAGGAUCCUUGAAGGACUUUCCAGGAACAGUUCACCAGGAUCCUUGAAGGACUUUCCAGGAACAGUUCUCCAGGAUGCUUGAAGGACUUUCCAGGAACAGUUCUCCAGGAUCCUCCUGCCUUUUGUUCCGUUCUGUGAUCCCACGCUUCUUCAGUAAUGUUGAGGUCCGGGUUCUGGGAUCCGUCCUUUCAUCAGACCUGUUACCACUAAUUUUUAGUCCAGUUCUUGGACCAGAGCAGGUCUGCUACCAGGACUGGACUGGAACUGCUCUGAGGACUGGGUUGGACUGGAUUGGAAAUGGUGGGGAGCAGAAAAACUUUGAAAGACCAUCAGAGAGCUGGAGAACCAGUGAUGAAGACCACUUCAAGAGAUUAUAACAGUCAGACAUGAGGACUGGAUCAGGACUCUGGAUCAGGACUUUUGGAGCGUUGUGGAUGAUGGCCAGUUUUAAAAUACUGAAUUAUUUCCAGGUCUGUAGUCCAGACCCGUUCAGAGUUGAGACAAAGAUGUGGAGUUCCUCCUGACUGGAAAACCAGGAAGAGUCCUGGAGUUCCCAGCUGUGACAGUCAACACUAACCAGACCGGGUCCCGAUAACCAAUAAUCUGAUGGAUCAAUCAAUCAUUUCAGUUUGAUGGUGAACUUUUGGGGCUGUUGGAAAUCUCAAACCGAUUUCAUCUCACUUUGGAUCGAUAAUUAGAUUUAGUUUAGUUAGAAAAAGCCAGCGGAGCUUAAAAUGUUCUUUGUGUGAACCUGAGUUCCUGCUGACAGCAGGUCUGUUCCCUGAUGCCUGAAACCAGCGCUGGACCCAAAUCUGAUAGAAAAGAAGUUAUUAUUAUUAUUAUUGUGGCUUGGAAAAUCCUGGAAAAGUCAUGGAAAUCUGUCCUUAUUGAACCAGGAUCACAGCAGAAUCUGAGACGGAAACUCAAACCAGGAAAGCUUUUUAUUUAAAUGUUCCAGGAAAUCAGAUCCUUUUUUAUUUUUUCUGCAUUACAAUCUGCAUCUUCAGACUGAACUUUUCUAAAUAAUCUUUCCGGGUGGAUUGGGAAGUUUGGGUGUAUGAAAAGCCGAUAAGGAAUGUUGGUUGUCGAUCUGUUUCCUGCAGGUUUGGGAAUGAUCCGCAGGCCUUGGUGCGGGACCAGUCGGAGCAUCUUGCAGCAGUUUCUCCUCAGUUUGCUUUUAAUGUUCUUCCAAACGUGGUUUUACACCACGUGUGAACUAUCCGUAGAGCAGGGGUUCGGCUCUGACGGCGAUCGGUCCCGUUGACUUCCCGGAGACACGGCGGAUCCAUUUGUAUUCCGGACGUGAAGCUGCUGACUGUGGAGUGGUGGAUGAAGCUGGUGCUGGCUUCAUGUUUCACAGCUAAUUCUGCUGUUGUCGCUGCAGCUGAGGCAUCCUCGGCUGUAAGAUGAUAUCUGUUAACGUGUGCAGAUGCUUUCUGCUGCAUGUUCCUGCACAGCUUUGAAGCAGUAUGUCAAACAUAAGAACCUAGUCUGACGUAAAAACAGCAAAUGUGAGCUUAACUAAAGUCUGGCUUAUUAGUUUCUACCUUCUGAGGCUUAUAGAAGUUAUUUAAAUAUUUAAAAUGCUGAUAUUUUACUGGAAUAAACUCUAAAAGCCACGAGCUGAUGUGUCUUUUCACGUUUCAGAGCUGAAGCUGGGAAGCAGUUUGCACGCCGGGUUUUUUUUAACGUUUUGCUGCUUUGAGCUUUUACAGGCCGCCGGUCACAUCUGGCCGUCUGAAGCAGAGGCUGUAAACGCAGCUUUUUUAAUUAGUCAGGAGGCCGCGCGCCCACCGUCCUGCCUGUCCAAGGUCAGAGUUUGAUGUCCUUGGCUGCAGAUUUCACCUCAGAUUCACCAAAUUAAGUCAAAUAGUUCAAAUAAAACACUGAAGUUCUUGUAUUUAUGUCACAUCUGUCCUGCAGAUAAAGGUCUGCAGAUUCAUGAUGCAGUUCUGCAACAAUAAAUAUGCAAAAUGU